AUGAGCCAAGCAGCCAUUGUUGCUCUCCCGCUGUGGGCUGCGUUUGCUUUGCAGCUGGGUGGUGGGGUCUCCAAAGCCAGCCUUGCUGAGCUACCCCCACAAACUGUCCCUGGAGCUCGAGGAGGAGGUAGGGAGGCCGAAACAAUUCAUUGCACUUCCCUCCUUCUUUCUUGCCUUCCUUCCAAGGGAACCUUAAAGGCCAAGAAAUUUAUUGCUGCGACUCCAGCUCACUCUGCCAGAUGCCUGAAUUGAAAUCUUAGUUGGGGGAAAUGGUAUGGUGGGAGCGGAAUGGCAAGGAGAUGCAAGAAUUAGUCAGUGACACUUCCGCUUGAGGCGCCACGGAAGAUGGCUGACAAUACCAUCGCUCCAGCUCCCACGAGGUAAUUAGAGGCUGAGAUGGGAGUAAUCAGCCCCCCAAAUUCUUCCUGGUGUAAGGGAAGAUGCAGUCUCAUCCGCGGAUGCCCAAUAAACUACCCCCAAGUUCGUAAAGAAGGAGGGGGUGGGGGCACUGGAUGGAAAGCCCCCAAGGGAGUUCGGUGCGAGCGCACCAAGUUCCAUUUCUUAAGAUGAAAAAAUGGAUUUAAAUUUUGGACAUGCUUCAAGUGAGGAGGGGGAAAUUAAUCUGCCAAUUAAGCCAGCCACUGAGGUGCCAAGAGUGAUGGAGAGGAAGAAAGAAUAACAUCUAAGAAUAACAUCUAAGUUGGUAUGUUGGAACGGAAUGGAAAAGGAGGGGGGGUAAAGCCUUUUUUACUAUGAUUUAUUACAAUACCUGACAAAUCCCCUCCCCCCCAAGAACUGUUUACAUUAUUUACAGCAAGUGAGAUUGGAAAAUAUAAACUGUGUGGAAAUAACAAUACUAUAUAAUUAAAGCUUUUGUUUGUUGAAUUGCUUGGAAGAAGAUAAAAGACCCUCCAAAUAUUGAUAUUAGAAAGAAGCAGGAUCUUGUUAGCCGCUGGAGAGACUUAAAAAAACUUUGGACGGAUUAUGAGAAGGGUGAUGAGGUGCAUUAUUUAAAUGAGAUCCGCCAUUAUGGGAUAAGACCGAGCUGCAGAGAUAAAUAGUCAUAGGGGGAGGUGAGCUCUUAAUUUGUUAUUAUAUCUACACUUUAAGUCCGAUUUGGCAAAUCUCCCCUGGAAAGGCUAAUGUUUGAUGCAGCCGGUUUGGGAAAAUUAAUGAGCAAAUGCCUAGAUUUGAUUUCAUCGGAACUGAGAGAAGAUGGCGUCUGCCAGCAGCGAAAUGACUUUUGGAUUGAUUUGGCAUAAACACCAGCGUGUGAGGAGAUACUGUAACAAUAGGAGAGUCAAGUACACAAAAUUCACACAGAAACACAUCAUUGCUUACUUCAUCUCGCCUGUGGAAACAACUCAGAGGCCAUGAAAGAAGGAAGGUUAACAACAGGAAGAUUUAAAAGAACUAUUGGAAACUCAAGGCAGCAGAGAUAUAAGAUGAUCAGAGCACCCCCAAACUUGAAGCAUGGGAAGUCCCAAUAAAAAUUUAUAAUUUGGCAAAAUAUUCGGACUAUAUGAUAUGUAUUUGUAUAAUUUGGAGUAUUUAAUGUGAUUUGAUUGGAUUGUUAAAAUGGAAAAUUUGAUAAAAAAUUAUUAAAAAAAAAAGAAUUAGUCAGUGACAAUUAAGGCUUAAAUAUAUGUUCAACUGGCACACCUUUAACCUUUUACAGUAGCAGGUUGGUGAUAAUUGACCUAGAAGCCACUGAAGGACACUUUGCAUUUGCCCCGUGGAGUUAUGGCAGGGCUGGCUCCAGGUUUAAGUGGGGCCCAUGUGUUUGCUGGUGGGUGGCCUUCUCCAUUGGUGGCCCAGGUGGGCUUACCUGGCUGUGGGGACCAGCCUUCUAAGCACCUCUGGUUCUUAGGUGCUUUUAAAAGAUCCCAGAAUGGUGUUAGGUCAGGUGCUGUGCACAAUUUUUUUAAAAAGUGGCUGUAUGUAGCCACAAGGCACCCAUCAGUGUGUCUGGCUGGGGGCAGGGGGGAAUUACAGGGUGCAUGGUAGGCAGGCAUCCUCAGUAGGUCUUGCUGAAGUCCUGGGGCCCUGCCUAUAAAGUGAGAAAAGAGUCCUUACAUCAGAUGCAUAGCCCUGUUGCCUCUCGUUUAACUGAUCUGUAACACCUAGCAGGACCUGGACCUGGAAAGGGCCCCAGCUCAGUGGCAGAACAUCUGCUCUGCAUGCUGAAGGUCAUGCCACACUUGUCAAAGCCCUGGAAUAUCCGAAUGACUCAGACCAUUGACACCAAAUGCCCUGGAGUUCCUUCUCCUGCUUAGGAAACAAGUUAGGAAGUGGCUUGAACAUGAGUGGAGAACUCCGGUCAGAUUCUUGCUCUUGAUGGGGUCACAGUCCUUCUGAAGAAGCAGGUAUGUAGCUUGGGGCCCUGGAUCCAUUGCUGUCACUUGAAGCUAAGGUGGCCUUGGUGGUGUGGAGUACCUUCCAUCAGCUUUGGCUGGUGGCCAGCUAUGUCCUUAUCUGGACAGGGAAAGCCUAACUUCUGUCGUCUAUGCAUAGUUCAGCCUCUGAAGAUGGUUUGGAAACUUAAGCUAGUGCAGAGUUUGGUGACCAGGUUGCGCUCACUGGGACAAGACAAUUUGAGCGUGUUACACUGAGGGUGACCCAAUGGCACUGGCUGCCAGUUAGUCUCUAAGCCUGAUUCAAAGUGCUGGUUUCGGCCUCUACAGCCUGAAUGGCUCAGGACUGCAGUACCUCAAGGACUGCCUCUCCCCAUAUGAACUAACCUGGACCCCAAGAUCAUCCUCUGAGGCCCUUCUCCAUGUGCCUCCUCCUUGAGAGGUCCAGAAGGUGGCAACAUGAGAAGGGGCCUUUUCUGCAGUGGCUCCCCAUUUGUGGGAUGCUCUCCCCAGGGAGGCUCACCUGGCACCUGCAUUCUAUAUCUUUAGGGGUCAGCUGAAAAUGUGUUUCUUCAGCCAGGCAUUCUAUGUCCUUUUAAAUGUGUUUGUAGGAGGAAGGUUAUUGGGGGUUUUUUUUGGUUUUUUUAAUGUAUUUUGUGUUCUCAUUUUGUAUUUUUAUGUUGUGAAUUGCCAAGAGAUUUUUGGAUGAAGGAUGAUAUACAAAUGCUAUUAUUAUUAUUAUCAUCAUCAUCAUCAUCAUCAUCAUCAUCAUCUCAACUAUUAAUCCUCUUUGGAGGAAGCUUCUCAGCUAUUUUCUUUUCCUCCUCCUCCUCCUCCUCGUCCCAGGUGGGUGACCAGAUGAAGCUGCUGCAGAACUGCUGGAGCGAGCUGCUGGUCUUUGACCACAUUUUCCGCCAAGUGCAUUAUGGGAAGGAGCACAGCAUCCUGCUGGUGACAGGCCAGGAGGUAAAAGCACUAGUGUUUGCAGGUUCCACAAUGGCCAUUUUCAGAAAUACUGCCGCAAAAUGUUGUAGCAUGAAGUGCCACUGCUGCAGCUCAGGAUUCUGGCCACUUCCUUUCCUUUCCCCAUGCCCACCCCCCUUGUCUCAUCUCCCCCACCCCCAAAGGUUGGUCAGCCUUCUUUGCCCACUGGGCUUCUGUUUUUUGGGGGAGUGUGUGUGGGCGUUCCCUCUACAUUCUUCCGCCCAAAAUCCCACCACCACCACCAAGCAUGGGUGGGACAGUUUUGGCUACAUAAACAACAGCACACAUGGAGAGCUGUUAUUGCUGUGGGUAUAUAAGAACGAUGAUUUGCCAGGAAUGUACAAAGUGUAAGAGGACACAGGUCCCCUGCCCCACGGGAGAGGGAGAUAGAGGCCGGAGUAAACAUGGGGGUGGGGGAAGAGAAUCUGCAAGUACUCCAUUGCACAUAUUUAGACUUUGGGUUGCAGUUCUCUGAACACUUACUUGGGAGGAAGCCCUAUGGGAUGCUAAGGGACAUCACUUGUGAGUCAGCCUGCGUUGGAUUCCUGGCUAGUUAGACUUUGGUCGUUAUUGCUUAUCCUUCUGUGUAAAGCCAGCACCCAGAUAUAACCAUAUUUAUUGUAAUUUAGGCAACAACUGAGUCCAUUAACUGCUUUAAAGCCUUAACAGCUGAUUGCUCAAAAGUCUUUCUGAUGGAGGUUGUCCCCCACCGCCCAGCUCUUGAACCUCCUUGUUCCCCUGACAAGAUGGUACUUCUUGGGGGUCCUGAGCCCUGCCCACCUCCCCUUUCUUCCAGGUGGACAUGUCGACCGUUGCCAUGCAGGCGGGAUCCAUCCUGAACAACUUGGUGCUGAGAGCGCAGGAACUGGUGCUUCACUUCCAUUCUCUCCAGGUGGACAGGCAGGAGUUUGUCUGCUUGAAGUUCCUCAUCCUCUUCAGCCUUGGUAAGUGCCAAGGGGUGUGGAUGGGGCAGCGAGACACCUGGGAAGAGCAAACAGGGGCUGCCAUGGAGAGCUUUGUGCUUCAGCCUCCCCCCCACCCUGAGAUCUCAACCACAUGAGGUGUUUGGAGGAGACUUGCUUUGCUUAUAGGUUCGUCUGCCUGGCGGGUGGGGCUGGAAGCAGAGCCCCCAUUGUCUUUGCCUUCUCCCUACUGCCAGAAGGACGUGAUAAGAGCCUGGCUGCUGGACCAGGUCCAUCUAUUCCAGCCUCUUGUUCUCAUAGUGGCUAACCAGCUGCCCAGGCAAGCAGGACAUAAGCAAUGAGCCCCCCCCCCCCUUGCGGCUUCCAGCAGCUGGUAAUCUGGAACAUUGCUGGACAGCCCUUUCCAAAACAUGGAUGUUGGUGGUCUCCUUGAGCAUGUUGUUGAGAGCUGAGGGGGUGAGCGGCAGUUCCUGUUCAUCUGUGUUUGUGUCCAGAGGAAUUCAAGGACAGCCUCGGAUGUGGUCAGCCACACUGGAGAUUGCAGGAGAUUCCAGCCCUGCCUAUUGCCCAGAGGAACUGUGCACAACAUCUGACCUUGACACAAUAUAUGCAGGGAAUGUGGGAGUGCAGUCUGCAGAGGAGCCAGGUUUGGCUUGUCUGGUACCUGCUUCUGAUCCCCGCCCCCAAAGACCCCUUCUUUCUGCUCAGAAGUUGAUUUGCACCAGUUCAGGCAGCCUUGCCUCCUCCCCUCCUGCGCAUGGCAGUGGAGCAGGGCCGUCUGUGUGGGUAUGAGCGACACCUCGCCCCCCACAACCUCUCCUACAAAUAGUUGCACCAGCAGUGGUUGAGGGUGGUAUUGGCUGCAUCUGCUAGGCCUGCAAGGUUGCACACCAGCCCUGGGGCGGCAGGGGUCAAGCAGUGACCUUUUCUGCACUGGGAAGCUGCUUUGUUAGUGCUGAAGUCUCAGGCUCUUGGUCUGUCCGGCCCAGCGUUGCUUACACUGACUGGCAGCAGCUGCUGCUCUUUGGGGUCUCAGGCUUGCGGUUUUAUCCCAGCCUCUACCCAUAGAAUGCCAUUUGGCAACUGAACCCAGCAACUGAAAUGCAGAGCUUCUGCCUGUUCUGUGGAAGUGCUCAGCGCUGCAGUUCUCUGAGGAAAAUGACACCAGCAGCAGUAUCCUUCCUGACGUUUGCCAAAACUGUUGUCCAGGCUCCUUUGAGAAAAAGGUUCAGAAAAGUUUCCUCCUUUUGGCAAAUGCUGUGUUUGCCCAUUUCAUGCCUAAAACCUGCCCAGGAUUCUGUACCUGAAUUGUGCAACCUGAAUGCAAAUCAAGCCUCUUUAUUUUGCAUAAAUCGAGCCGUGAGGCUGGAUGAGGCCAGUGGCCCACCUAGUCCAGCCUCCUGUUCCCACAUUGGCCAGCCAGGUGCCCCUGUGGAAAACCCACAAGCAGGGCUUGAGCACAUGAACACUCUUCCGUCCUGCCAGAGCUAUAGCUAGGUGAUCUUGCGCCCCUGGCAGAACCGUCCAGAUUGUGCCCCCUAGCCAUGGACAAAUUAGCUCUUCUUUCCACCUCCCCCCCCCCAUUCAAUUCACUCUCUAUUCUUAUGAGGCAAUAAUCAAUAUUUAUAUUUAUGGACAUAUUUUUAGCCAAUUUUGAGGCCCCCCAUCACCUGCACCCCUGGCGGGGGUCCACCUCACUACCCCUAGCUAUGGACCUGCCUCCCAUCAGCCAGUUAUGACCCAGCUGCAGAGUGGCACAGCUGUGAAACGGUUUCAUGGUACAUUCUGUACGGCAUCCCUCUAGGGACGCUUCCUGUAGUGGUCAAGAGACUAGGGUAUGGAAGUCCGAACCGCUAGCUAAAGGUUGCAACUUGAGCAAUAAUGGUAAUUAAGAACUGGUAUAGACACACACAGCUCUUCUAGCUCCUUGAUCUUGAACUCAAAGCAUGAGCUCCAUAAACAGACAAAAGAACGUUGCAGGUUUGGCUGCUUCAGAUUUAACACACUCAAAAGAUUCUAAAUACCACCAAUUCCCUGCCUUGUCCCUUAGCCACAUGGUGCAAAGCAACAGGAACUGCAGCCGUCCCCAUUCCCAAAGAGAGCAAGGUUUCAAGCUCGGGAACUGAGCGAAGGCAGCAAACAGGGUUCUCUCCAUACAACUGGAAUGCAGAGGCACCUCUGCUUCUGACAGUGGAAACGGAGCAUAACCAUUGUGACUAAUCAUCAUCAUCAUCAUCAUUUCUUAUUUAUACCCCGCCCAUCUGGCUGGGCUUCCCCAGCCACUCUGGGCGACUUCCAACAGAAUAUCAAAAUACAGUAAUGCAUCAAACAUUAAAAGCUUCCCUAAACAGGGCUGCCUUCAGAUGUCUUCUAAAAGUCUGGUAGUUGUUGUUCUCUUUGACACCUGGUGGGAGGGCGUCCCACAGGGUGGGUGCCACUACCGAGAAGGCCCUCUGCCUGGUUCCCUGUAACUUGGCUUCUCACAGUGAGGGAAACGCCAGAAGGCCCUCGGUGCUGGACCUCAGUGUCCGGGCAGAACGAUGGGGGUGGAGACGCUCCUUCAGAUAUACUGAACCGAGGCCGUUUAGGGCUUUCAAGGUCAGCACCAACACUUUGAAUUGUGCUCAGAAACGUACUGGGAGCCAAUCUAGGUCUUUCAGGACUGGUGUUAUGUGGUCUCGGUGGCCGCUCCCAGUCUCCAAUCUGGCUGCUGCAUUCUGGAUUAGUUGUAGUUUCUGGGUCACUUUCAAAGGUAGCCCCACAUAGAGCGCAUUGCAGUAGUCCAAGCAGGAGAUAACCUUUGUAGUAGCUUUUGUACUAGCCUUUGAUAGCCCUCUCCUCCUCCUCCACGAAUCUGUCAAAUCCUCUUCUAAAGCCAUCUAAGUUGGUGGCCAUCACUGCCUCCUAGGGGAGAGCGUUCCAUAGUUUAAUCAUGCACUGUGUGAAGAAGGGCUUCCUUUCCUCCUGCCGGAAGAAUUCUGGGUCAAAUGAUCUUCUUCAGAGCAUAUAAGACAAGCUCUGCACUUGGGUCAGGCCAAAGGGGCCCAUCGAGUCCAGAACCCUGGUCUCAAAGAUGCCCCAAUGGGCAGCCCAUAGGCAGGACCUGAGUGCCAGUGCACUCUCUUCUCCUGUGGGUUUUCAGCAACUGGUGUUUCUCUUUGGCUUUGCGGCAAAGGACACACACACCCCCCCGCCUCCAUGAUGCCUUCCCUUCCCUUUUUGCGCAUUGCGUUAAAACUUCCACCUGCUGGUGUGGAAGCUUUUCUCCUUCACCGAAGAAAAUCAGGAACAAAAGGUUGCCCUCUGCCCAUGCCCCGUGCCCAACUUCCCUCUCUGAGCGUGGUGCCGAUUAUGCUGCAAGCCAUGUGCCCUCUGCAGGCUCGGCUGUACGGGAGCUGCCACCUCCUCGCUUAUAUAUGCCGGCUGUAUUUGCCCUGAAGAAAAGAAUGUCUUCUCUCUCUCUCUUUCUCCCUCCAGCUCACAAGCUGCACUUGGCAUCUGUGUGUGUGUGUGUGUGUGCGCGUGCACACACACACACACACAAGCGUGCGAGAGGGGGAGGAAAGGGCGCCAUUUGAGUCUAAAUAGAUUUUUCUCAUGAGCAGGUAAAAGAGGUGGCGCCAUUUGAGUCUAAAUAGAUUUUUCUCAUGAGCAGGUAAAAGAGGUUUAAUUAAAAUUAGGGCUCCUCUGAACAGUAAUAUUUAUGAGGGGCGGCACAGGUUAGCUUUGUUCUCCAGAAGGGCUUAAUAGCAGCUUAAUGGAUCAACAUCCCCCCUCCACAUGUGCUGGCCUGACUUCCAUUCUCCAGCCAGCCACUCGAGGGGAUGCGAAGUGUUAUGUACAGUGGACACUCGGGUUGCGAACGUGAUCCGUGCGGGAGGCACGUCCGCAACCCGCAGCAGCACGUCUGCACACGCAUGGAUUGCGAUUCAUGCGCGACUGCCGAAAGCCGGAAGUAACCCAUUCCGGUGCUUCCAGGUUUCGGUCGCCUGCAACCCAAAAAAACACAACCUGAAGUGUCUGUACCCCGAGAUAUGACUGUACAGUGGUACCUCUGGUUGCGAACGGGAUCCGUUCCGGAGCCCCGUUCGCAACAUGAGCAGAACGCAACCUGCGUCUGCCUGUCUGCACACGCGUAGGUCGCAAUUCGCCGCUUCUGCGCAUGCACGUGACGUCAUUUUGAGCGUCUCUGCAUGCAUGAGCAGCGAAACCCAGAAGUAACCCGUUCCGGUACUUCCGGGUUUCGGCGGUCCGCAACCCCAAAAAACACAACCUGAAGCGUCUGUAACCCGAGGUAUGACUGUAUUAAGAUCAGCUGCAGUUCUCACUCAGGGCCACCAGUAUGCAAAUGAAGGACUGAGAACUGUCCCUCACUGACUGGUUAGCUAGUUGGGAGUUGUUACUGUUACAAGUUACUUAGUAUUAUAUAAAGCAGCCAGCUAGGCUGCAGUCAGUCUGACUCCAGGAGCAGUUCUAACUGCUGUAAUAAAGAGCUGAGAAUCUAACAGAGCUGUGUCCUUCAUCCAUCUUCCCCACUAUUUAACAUGGAGCAAGAGCGGCUUUUGUGCGCCUGCAUUCCCUUAAGUGAUUGCAAUUUAUCUGACGCCUCCAGCAGACAAAAGCGGCACUGAAUGCAAAGAACUCUUAAGGGCAAAGAAAUGGUCCCGGCAGCUCUGCCUGUGUGUGAGGCGGCUUUUGUCGCAGGACGGAGUAUUUGCGGCCGCUCUCUCUCAGUGGAGUGCGUCAGUGUUAUUUGGACAACAUUCUUUAUGCCUUACAGGAAUGAAAAGAUUAUUCAAAUAUUCAAUUAAAUCGUGAAUAGGGUUUCUUCUCCAAACCAGGUGAGUUGAUCAAGACGAACCCUCUAUUUUUGUGCCACCUCAAAGUGUGUGUGUGGGGGGGAUGGUAGGGUAGAGAAGGCUUUAGCAGCGUAACUUCUAGGGUGUGUGAGUGUGAGGACUGCGUGUCCCCCCCUCUUUCUCCUGAAAAUGAAAAUCACAAUACAGUGGUACCUCUGGUUGCAAAUGGGAUCCGUUCCGGAGCCCCGUUCACAACCUGAGCAGAAUACAACCUGUGUCUGCGCGUGCGCAGGUCGCCACGUCUGCGUAUGCGCGUGACGUCAUUUUGCGUUCGCAUGGGCGAGCGGCAAAACGCGGAAGUAACCCAUUCCGUUACUUCCUGGUCGCCGCGGUACGUAUCCUGAAAGAACGUAACCUGAACCGAAUGUAACAAGAGGUAUGACUGUAAUGUUAUGCAGAUGAAGAGAUUCCAUAAUUGCGUGCCUGAUUAUCCCAGCAGUGACUCAGAAAUGAAAGGGGGCAGUCAGCACUUCAACUGCUAAGCACAAGGCCCAGGUCAGGGGAAUGUCAAAAGAGCCCUGAGGCAGGAUGGGACCAGUGGCCCUCCCCGCCCUGCGUUCUGUUCUCGCAGUGGCCAGUGAGAUGCCCAUUAUGGGAAACCCACAAGCAGGGCCCAAGCGCCAGAGAGUGCCCUCUCCCCUCCUGCUCUUUCCAGCUGGUUCUCCACCUGUGGGUCCCCAGAUGUCGUUGGACCACAACCUUUUGGGAAGGCCUUGUUGGCCUUUAGUUGGGCUGGAUCCAGAACUUGGCACGGCUGAGAGAAGCAUGUCCUGAGUGUUUUUAUAGGGAUGGGAGCCAUGCAGUCCUCUAACUGCCAUCAGCCGUGGCCAGCCUGGUCAGGGACUAUGGGAGCGGUGUGUCCAGCAAUGUUUGGAGGGCACCAGGCCUCCCAGAACUGCUUUACAGAGGACACAAGGGCAGGUCCCUGCCCCAAGGACCCUGCAGCCUAAAAUUCUACCCAGGUGGGAUGCAGCAGGAAGCAAUAUGUUGUUGUUGUUUUCAGUUACAGGUGGUUAGGCUCGGUUGUAUCCCCUGGGAACUGUGUGCAAGCCUUAGGGUGAGGUGCCACUGAAGCCAGGCUGUCCACAGUUGUCUGCAAGACCCCUGGGGGAAGGAGAUGUCUCUUGAGACAUUGGCGGACACUUGAGGGCCUUUUGACAGCGAAUCUGGGCCCUGAAGGAGGGCUGCCCCUCAUGGUGCCCCCAUCUCCAACAUUGCUGCUGGAUGCCUUGAGAGUCUACAAAAUGAGAGCUUGCCACUGUCAGGAGUUCAGCCUACACUCGAGUAGGACCCUGGCAGAGACACAUGCCUGACUGGCAUGUUCUCCCCCCUCCUGGUCUUUUGUUCGGGAGCUUCAUAAGCUUUCUUCAGCCCGAACAUCACAGCGACCGAUGCCAGCCGACAUCGGCACACUUAGGGAUCCGCAGAGUCUUCGCAGCAUUGCGUAACAGACCUCAGGAACUCAGCAUUUUGGCUAAUCUACACUGGUACCUCGGGUUAAGUACUUAAUUUGUUCUGGAGGUCCGUUCUUAACCUGGAAUUGUUCUUUUUUUAAAAAAAAUAAUAUUUAUUAUAGUUUCACAAAGAAAGAAUCACAUUAAUAAAAAAGAAAAAUUUAAGAAUAAAAAGAAAAAUACACAAUACAAAAUACAAAAGGAAAAAAGAAAAAACAAAGUAAAAAGAAAAAACAGUUAAAAAGAAUUCCGUCUUUUCAUAACUUCUUUUACAUUUACUUGUUUCCCGGACCUCCUCAUACCUCCCUCUUUUGUAUUCCCAUUCAGUUUGUUAAUCCAGCAAUUUCUUUCCCUCUUUUUUAAUCCCAAUCCUUAAUCUUAAUAUAUUAUGACAUUAAGUUUUAACCUAUUAAAAACCAAUUUUUCCAUUCUUUUAACCUUUUUAAUCCUAAUCCUUAAUCUUGAUAUAUUUAUAACUUUAAAGCCUGUACAGCUAGAAGCCACUUAACUUCAAUCCAACAUCACUCUAACAUUCAUUAAUUUUGCAAUAUUUCUGUAAAUAAUCUUUAAAUUUCUUCCAAUCUUCUUCCACUGACUCUUCUCCCUGGUCACGGAUUCUGCCAGUCAUUUCCACCAAUUCCAUGUAGUCCAUCAUUUUCAUCUGCCAUUCCUCCAGUGUGGGUAGCUCUUGUGUCUAACCUGGAACUGUUCUUAACCUGAAGCACCACUUUAGCUAAUGGGGCCUCCUGCUGCCACCGCGCUGCCAGAGCACGAUUUCUGUUCUCAUCCUGAAGCAAAGUUCUUAACCCGAGGUACUAUUUCUGGGUUAGCGGAGUAUGCAACCUGAAGCGUAUGUAACCCGAGGUACCACUGUACUUUAUUUACAUACAGUAUAAACACACACGGAGCACUGCAACAUGGCUCCCUCCCUCUCUAGCAUCAGACAGCAAAGAGAAAAAGAACAAAGGACAAUAGUCCCACUUCAUGGAACACAGUGACACAAACCUCCUGCCGCCGUCACUUCCCACUCUGUGGAGUCAAAACAUAUACCGUCAUGUGAUAAACAAUCCCAUGACUGCAAUCAUAGAUCAGGAAUUCUAACAGCCACUUCUCCAGAGAAGGUUCUAGGAAGGGAUCUCGAGGAAAAGCAGAUUUGCAAAAAGGCUCCCGGGGGAGGGCAAUAGCUCAGUGGAAGAGCUUCCGCUUUGCGUGCAGGAGGUCCUGGGUUCAAUCCUCAGCAGCAUCUCCAGGUAGGUAGGCCUGGGAGGGGGCUAAAUAUCUCCUGCUGUGGAGAGCCAUGGCUGCCAGUACGUGUAGACAGUACUGAUCCUUUUUUUAAGAAUCCCCCCCAAUGCUUUAUUAAUUUUAAAAACAUAACAUUACAAAACAAAUACAAAACAAAACAAGAUGCAUCAAGCCACAAAGGGCAAUCCAGUAAUUAAUACUCCCUACACCAUACGUACAUACCGAAAAAGAAAAGAUUAAGUUCAUCCAUCGCUAAUUCUAACGUAACUUCCGGUCUCCCCACUGUGGUUCCUAAAUUUCAUUACGCUGCGCACUUAACUUUUCUCUCCUAAGUUCUUCUGUUAUUUUAAUUCUGUAAUGAUUUCUUAAUUCAUGCAGAAAUCAAUCCAAGCCUGCCAAAGAAUUUAUGUUAUUACAAUGUUUGUUUAAAUAUUCUCUGUAGAUAUUCCACUCUUUACUAAAUACUUGAUCUGUAUGGUCUCAGAAUCUUGCUAGUUCUGCAUAUUCUAGCAUUUUAUUUUGCCAGUCUAAUUUUGAGGGAAUAGAAUCUCCUUUCCAUACCUUAGCAAUUAGAAUCCUAGCUGCUGUUACCGCAUACAUAAAGAUUUCCCUUACCUGUUUAGGGAUUUCAUUGCUCAUUAUGUCUAGCAAGAAGGCUUCGGGCCUCUUUGGGAAGGAACAUUUAAACAAUUUUUUAAGUUCAUUGUAGAUUGUUUCCCAAAAUUCCCUGAUAUUUUUGCCGUUCCACCACACGUGGAUCAUGGUGCCUUCCGCCUCCUUGCAUCUCCAACAGAUGUUUGAUCUAGAUUUAUACAUUUUGGGCAGUUUUACAGGUGUUAAGUACCAUCUGUAGAGCAUCUUCAUGAAAUUCUCUUUCAAAUCAUAGCACACUGUGAAUUUUAGGUCCUCCUUCCACAACCUCUCCCAUGAUUCCAUCUGGAUGUUGUGCCCAAAAUCUCUGGCCCAUUGUACCAUGACAGAUUUUACUUCUUCCUCCCUGACCUCCCAGUCAAGGAGGCACCUGUACACGUUAGAGAGUGUUUGUGUGUGUGUGUUUAUUAAACAGUAAUAAUAAAAAUUAAAAAAAAUUAUUUGUACCCCACCCUCCCUGGCCAGAGUCGGGCUCAGGGCAGCUAACACCAGUAAAAUUACAAUAAAAACAUAAUGGGGGGAACCGACCAAUUUAAAAUGCAGGUUAAAAUGCAAUUUAAAAUGCAGCCUCAUUUUAAAAGUAGCCCAUAGAUCAAAAUCGUAAGGGGAGGGAAACGUAAGGGUCAGACUGAGACCAAACCAAAGGCCAGGCAAAACAACUCUGUCUUGCAGACCCUACGGAAAGAUGUCAAGUCCCGCAGGGCCCUAGUUUCUUGUGACAGACCGUUCCACCAAGUCGGGGCCAGUACUGAAAAGGCCCUGGCCCUAGUUGAGACCAAUCUAACCACCUUGCGACUUGGGACCUCCAAAAUGUUGUCAUUUGUGGACCUUAAGGUCCUCCAUGGUGCAUACCAGGAGAGGCGGUCCCGUAGGUACGUGGAAAUCUUGAAAUUUCUGUGGAAAAGCCUUUCUGUUUGUCCUUUUGGAAUGUUUCAUUUAACUGAAAAUACUGCAACCAAUCAGUCAAAUGUGUCUGAAUUGCUUCAAAUUUCUUUAAUUUUAGCUUAUUUUCUUUUUCUUCCAAUAAGUCUUUAUAAGUUGCCCAAUUACUUCUCUCAUGCUGUUGUUUUAAACUGAGAACGCUUCUGCCAGGGACAGCCACCAUGGCGUUUUUGGUUCUAGUAAGUCCUUAUAUUUGGCCCGCACCAUGUAAAGCAAUUUCCUGAUCACGUGGUUCAAAAACCCUUUGUGGACCUUCUCAUAUCCCAGAUGGGCAUGCCAGCCGUAUCUGUUAUUGAAUCCUUCUAGAUCCAGCAAGUCGGUGUUUUUUAACGUGAGCCAUUCCCAAAUCCAGGCGAGACAAACUGCAUCGUGAUACAAUUUCAGAUCUGAAAUAGACAGUACUGAUCUAGGUGGGUGAGUGAAGCAGCUUCCUCCAUCCCUAUUUAAACCAGCCCUUUCUUCAGAACCCUGAGGACUGAAAUCUCACUGUUGUUUUUAAGGGAAAUGCUGUAGUUUUGCAGGAGAGCACCUGCUUCACCUGCAGGAGGUCCCAGGUUCAAUCCCAGGUUCAGUGAGUGGCAUCUCCAUGCAGUGCUUGGAAUGUGCUUUGCCUGAGGCUCUGGAGUGCUGCUGUCCUUCAGUGCCAGCAAACUCCAGCUUCAUUGGAGUUCUCUUGUUUUGAGAGAGGGAGAAAAACUUUCUCUUUCCUUUGUGCCUUCCAUCAUUUUAUACACUUCUGCCACGCUGCCUCCUACUCACCUUUUCUCCAAAUCAAAAAGUCCCCAGUGCUGCAGCCUCCAUCCGUUGCUCUAUCCUCCCCUUGGUCAUUCUGACGGCCCUUUUCUGAACCUUUUCUAAUGUGUGGGAAUGCUCAGGGAUGCAGGAGAGGAUAUAUUGUCUGAUAAUAGCCUUUCCAACAUGUGUUAACAAGUUCACAAUUUAGCAGAGUAACAUUCUCCCUUUUAAACUUGCAGCGGAUGCAUUUGCUCAGGCUCGCUAAAACCUCUAUAAUAACUGUUCUGGUAUUUUCCCCUUAUUCCCUCAUAAAAGAUAAGACACGACACAGUCUUCUAUAAAAGUAUAAAGAGAGUUUACUCACAUAUCAUUCUGUUCACAAUAGGAUUCCAGAAGGCAUACUUAGCUUAGAAAAGUAACAUAUACCUGGAAACUAUCUCAUAAGAAGACAGUCCCUUUGUCAUCUCUUGGCUGGAAGCCAAGAGGGCAUCUUUGGCUAAGCAGAUGUUGCUUCUUCGAUGCAUGUAGUCAAAAGGAGAGAGAUGGCUGCCCUGCCCUGUGCUUUUGUCAUUACCUGCUCAGGUGAGGCCACACCCACCUCUAGUCACAUGCAAAGGAAGUCUGUCCCAGCCCAGAAGGAAACAGGAAGUUUACCUGCUGGCUGAACAAACAUUCCUCCCCAUGUGUAAACAUGUUCACUCUAGGAAUGUUGUACUUGACUGCUUUUGUGUUUCACAUCCCACACAAUGCCCUCCCCCCCUUAAUGGGAAAAGUGCUUAUAAACACAUACAUACAAAAAAACCCCAAACAGAUUUAUUUAUUUAAAAAGAUCAGCGGCCACAAGAACAACUAAAAUGGUUAUAUCCACUGACCUGACACAUAAAGACACCUGCACUUAAGUUAUUUCGGGGGGGGGGGAGACCCUUAUAUCAACUUAUAUGCCAAAUGAUCUUACGCCUUCACAGCAAAUCAGGUUUGGAUGGUCUUUCAGAAUUAAGGGCAGAAUCUUAAUGUUUAAGGGUAUCAGAAGACAGUGUCCAGAGGUCCAACAUUUUGAAACAAUGACCAUUUUCUUCAUGGUUUCAGCCAACCCACAGUGGAGGAGCUACAAGUACAACUCCAUCUCCUCGGACAAACAGCAUCGGAAUACAGUGGUACCUCGGGUUACAUACGCUUCAGGUUACAGACUCCGCUAACCCAGAAAUAGUACCUCGGGUUAAGAACUUUGCUUCAGGAUGAGAACAGAAAUCGUGCUCUGGCGGCGCGGCGACAGCAGGAGGCCCCAUUAGCUAAAGUGGUGCUUCAGGUUAAGAACAGUUUCAGGUUAAGAGCGGACCUCCGGAACGAAUUAAGUACUUAACCCGAGGUACCACUGUAUUCCUUUUGGUAGAUUUAUAAAUCUCUUCAUAGGUUUCUUCAUCCAUUUCUAUUGUUGUCACAGUCUCCUCAACAUCACCCAAAAUCUUAUUUAAGUGCUGGUAACAAGCAAAUAAUCUGCCUCGAAGUUUUCGGUCAUUUCUCAUUUUUACAUCAAUUCGUUCAUCAAGACUAAGCUUGAUGAGAUCCAAGGGCUCUUCUACAGUAUUUGUGGUUUGUUGCUGCUCCACCUCGUCCGCCAUUUUUUCAAAGCCCCUCCAAUGCUCUUUUGGAGGUGAGGCCAGAAUUCUGUGGUUCUAGGCUGAGUGUUGGAAGUGAGAGGGAGGGAGGAGAGAUUUUGGCGACACCCCCAGAGGGCCCGCUGUGUCUUCCCAGUUAGCCUUGAAAAGGCCCUGUCUCAUCUCCCCCUUGUGAGCGUGGCAAGAAUAGGAGGAACAGGUGGCUGCCCACCAUUGAGCUAAAGCCCCCUCUCACUGCUGUUGCUUGGCCCCUGCCCUCCCCCAGGGCCCCCCCUCCACACCCCACAGAUGAAGUCAGGCCCAAGGAAGGAAGUUUGCAUUGGCAGCUUUUGCCGAGUUUUCAAGAGCAGUGUGCAUAGAGCAGGCACAUUUUCAGGCAGGUGGGCGACAGCUUAAGAGGGAUGUGCUUAUCACUGCACCUUCACACCCGUCUCUCUCAUCCUCCUACCCCUUGUUCUUUGGCUGAGCUGCUUGAGGCACCUUGGAUCAUGGUUUCCAUGUCAGCUGAGCCCUAUUUUCACCUGGGAAGGCCAAACAGAUUAAGCCCCAAUCCCUCCAGCUGGUGUUUAGAGAGGAACACAACAGAGUGGCUUUGAAGUGAAGGUUUGUUUAGGGAACAUCAGAAAGUAAGAAGAAGAUCGCUUGUCAGAUAUGGUUUAUUUAUCUUGCAUAGCCUUUACCAGCCUGAUGCUCAUCUGCAAAGCAUAAGGCUGGCAAGGUCAGACCCUGUUCAUCCAGGCAGAUGGCCAGAUGAAGCUUAUGAAGGUAGGAAGAGCCAUUAGCUGGAUCAGGCCAAUGUGCUAUCUAGUCCUGUUCUCACAGUGGCUGACUAGAUGCUUGUGGGAAACCAGCAAGCAGGAUCCUUGCACAAGAGCAGAUCUCCCCUCCUGUGGUUUCCUGCAUCUGGUAUUCAGAAGCGUCGCUGCCUCUGACCAUGGAGGCAGAGCGCAGUAAUUGUGGCUUGUCUCCUCCUCCUCCUCCAUGGAUUUGUCCAAACCUCCAUCAAGGCUCUCCAAAUUGGUGGCCAUCAUUGCCUGCUGUGGGAGGGAGUUCCAUAGUUUAAUGUUGCGCUGCUUGAAGAACUACUUCCUUUUCUCUGUCCUGAAUCUUCCAACAUUCAGCCUCAUUGGAUGCCCACGAGUUCUGGUGUCAUCAUGCGAGAGGGAGGGGGAAAACUCCGCUUUCUCCACACCACAUGCAAUUGUUUAUGCUUCCGUCAGGUCGCCUCCGGUCCCCUUUUCUCUACACUAAAAAGCCCCGACCGCUGCAGGCUCUCCUCACAGGGGAGCCUCUUCAUCAACCUCAGCCGUUUUGCAGGUAUCAGCCGAUGGCUUGUGCGAGCUUUGCAAGCGACACCUUCCAUGUUUGCGGCCUGUGUGCCCAGGAGGAAGUCCCUCCAUUCAAGAGAGGUUACCCCAUUCAAUGCAUCCCCCCCUUAUUUCCCCUCCCCCUCCCCCCGCUGCAGAUGUGAAAUUCGUGGAGAAUUCAAGUGUGGUGAAGGAAGCCCAGGAAAAGGCCAACGCAGCCCUGAUGGAGUACACCCUCUGCAACUACCCACACGCCACAGACAAGUUCCGCCAGCUUCUGAUACAGCUGGCUGACGUCCGGUCCCUGAGCAUGCAAGCGGAGGAGUACUUGUACCACAAGCACCUGAGCGGGGACGUGCCCUGCAACAGCCUCCUGAUUCAAAUGCUCCACGCCAAGCGGACUUGA